UCAUAUUAACCCUGCAAUACACUGCACUUCAAAUUACUAAUUUUCAUACUUACCAUGGCAGCAGAAUUGGUUGGUGGUGCUCUUCUUUCUGCUUUCCUCCAGGUUGUAUUUGACAGGCUUGCUUCUCAUCAAUUUCUGGACUUCUUUCGUGGAAGAAAACUCGAUGAGAAUCUGCUGAGCCAGUUGAAAAUCAAGUUGUUGUCCAUCGAUGCUUUGGCUGAUGAUGCAGAACAAAAGCAGUUCAGAGAUCCACGUGUGCAAGCAUGGCUUGUUGCUGUCAAAGAUGUUGUGCUUGAUGCAGAGGAUCUUAUGGAUGAAAUAGACUAUGAACUCUCCAAAUGCAAUCUGGAAGCUGAGUCUGAAUCUCAAACCUGUACUUGCAAGGUACCCAGUUUCUUCAAAUCUUCUUCUGUUAGUUCCUUUAACAAGGAAAUUAAAUCCAGGAUGGAACAAAUCCUUGACAACCUAGAAUUUCUCUCUAGCCAAAGGGGUGAUCUUGGUUUGAAAGAAGCUAGUAGUGUUGGUGUUAGAUCAGGUAGGAAAUUGCAAUCAACGUCUUUGCUAGUGAAAGAAAGUGUUAUAUUUGGUAGAGAUGAUGACAGAGAAAUGAUCAGUAAUUGGCUGAUAUUUGACGAUGAGAAUGGUAACCAGCUAUCAAUAAUUUCUAUUGUGGGAAUGGGUGGAUUGGGUAAGACCACGCUUGCCCAACAUUUAUAUAAUGACAAAAGGAUGGAGGAUCAAUUUGGUAUCCGAGCUUGGGUAUGUGUUUCAGAUGAAUUUGAUGUUUUCAAUGUAACAAAAACAAUUCUCGAGGCAAUUACUAAAUCAACUGAUGAUAGUAGAAACUUAGAAAUGGUUCAGGGAAGAUUGAAAGAUAAAUUGUCAGGAAAAAAGUUUCUUCUUGUUUUGGAUGAUGUUUGGAAUGAAAAUCGUGACAACUGGGAAGCUGUACAAACUCCUCUUAAUUAUGGGGCUCAGGGAAGUAGAAUUCUUGUCACGACACGCAGUAAGAAAGUUACUUCUACCAUGCGGUCAAACAAAGUACAUUACCUAAGCCAGUUACAAGAAGAUCAUUGUUGGCAAGUUUUUGCUAAACAUGCAUUCCAAGAUCAUAAUUCUUUGUUAAAUACCGAGUUGAAGGAGAUUGGUAUAAAGAUAGUUGAAAAGUGUAAAGGUUUGCCUCUAGCUUUAAAAACAAUUGGAAGUCUUUUGUGCACAAAGUCAUCUAUUUCAGAAUGGAAAAGUGUAUUAACAAGCAAGAUAUGGGACUUACCAAAAGAAGAUAGUGAAAUUAUUCCUGCUUUGUUAUUGAGCUAUCACCACCUUCCUUCUCAUCUCAAGAGAUGCUUUGCUUAUUGUUCUUUAUUCCCCAAAGAUUAUGCAUUUGACAAGGAGAGUUUAAUUCUGUUGUGGAUGGCUGAAAAUUUUCUACAAUGCCGUCAACAAAGUAAGAGUCCAGAAGAUGUUGGUAAAGAGUAUUUUGAUGAUCUAUUAUCGAGGUCCUUUUUUCAACAGGCAAGUAGAUUCAAAACGUGUUUUGUCAUGCAUGACCUUCUCAACGAUUUGGCAAAAUAUGUUUGUGGGGACAUUUAUUUCAGGUUAGGUGUAGACAAAACAAAAAGUAUACCUAAAACAACUCGUCAUUUUUCAGUCGCAAUCAAUCAGGUUCAAUAUUUUGAUGGGUUUGGGACAUUAUAUGAUACUAAAAAGUUACAUACAUUUAUGCCAACAAGUGGGGGAAUGAACUUUCUUCAUGGUUGGCAUUGCAAAAUGUCAAUACACGAGUUGUUCUCCAAGUUUAAGUUCUUACGAGUCUUAUCUUUGUCUUAUUGUUCUGGCCUUACAGAAGUGCCUGAUUCUGUAAAUGGUCUUAAACAUCUCCGUUCAUUAGACCUUUCUGGUACUCGCAUAAAAAAGCUACCCAAUUCGAUAUGUUUUCUCUAUAAUUUGCAAAUACUGAAGCUGGGCUUUUGUCGCUACUUGGAGGAGCUUCCUUGUAAUGUGCAUAAACUCAUCAAUUUGCGCCACUUGGAAUUUAUAGGCACUAGAAUAAGAAAGAUACCAAUGCAUUUGGGAAAACUGAUGAAUCUUCAUGUAUGGAUGAGUUGGUUUGAUGCUGGGAAAAGUAUUGAGUUUAGUAUUCAGUUGCUAGGAGAACUCAAUCUUCAUGGAAGUUUAUCAAUUAGUGAGCUACAAAAUAUUGUGAAUCCCUCUCAUGCAUUAGCGGCAAAUAUGAAAAAUAAAUCAAACCUUGUGGAGCUAGAAUUAGAAUGGAAUUGGAAUUGGGUUCCUAAUGAUUCAAGGAAGGAAAAAGAAGUACUUGAGAAUCUACAACCUUCCAAAUACUUGGAGAAGUUGUCAAUCAGGAACUAUGGGGGUACACAAUUUCCAAGUUGGCUAUUUGAUACUUCAUUGAAUGUGGUGUCCUUAAAGUUGGAUAGCUGUAAAUAUUGCUCACAUUUGCCUCCCCUUGGACUUUUGCCAUUUCUCAAACACCUGACUAUUGCAGGGCUUGAUGGGAUAGUGGGUAUUAAUGCUGAUUUUUAUGGGAAUAGUUCUUCUUCAUUUACAUCCUUGGAAACAUUGCACCUCUCUGAUAUGGAGGAAUGGGAAGAAUGGGAAUGUAAAUAUGUGGCAGGUGCUUUUCCACGUCUUCAACAUCUUUUCAUAGAGCAAUGCCCCAAGUUGAAAGGGCACCUACCAAAUCAACUUCUCCAUUUAAAGAAUCUAGUUAUAUGUGACUGUAAAAGACUUGUGUCUUUUGCUCCCAAGGCUCCAGAUAUUCGUGAACUAGAACUUCGAGACUGUGGAAACCUGCAAUUUGAUUAUCAACCGACAACUUUGAAAUGGCUCACCAUUACAGGACACAACAUGGAAGCAUCGUCGCUCGAAAAGAUUGGAGACAUCAUAUCUAAUACUUCUCUUGAAUUCUUGCGCAUUUAUUAUUGUCCAAAUAUGAAUAUUCUCAUGAGUCAUUGUUAUGAUUUCCUUGUAACAUUGAAGAUUAGUGGUGGUUGUGACUCUCUAACAACCUUUUCCCUAGAUUUCUUCCCAAAACUUUGUUCACUUGAUCUAAGGUGUUGUAAUCUACAAAUAAUCUCACAGGGACGUGCUCAUAAUCACCUCAAGGAUCUAAAAAUUAGUGGGUGCCCACAAUUUGAAUCAUUUCCUACUCAAGGAUUAUCUGCACCUUGGCUAGAGAUAUUUAGCAUUGAAGGAUUGGAGAAUUUGAAAUCAUUGCCUGAACACAUGCAUGUCCUCCUUCCAAAUCUUACUAGCCUCUCGAUCCUAGAUUGUCCACAAGUGGAGUCGUUUUCUGAUGAAGGUUUGCCACCAAAUCUAAGAAAGAUGGAUCUCUCAAAUUGCUCCAAACUUAUUGCUUCAUUAGAAGGGGCUUUGGGUGCCAACACCUCUUUAGAAACGUUGUCUAUUCGAAAAGUGGACGUGGAGUCUUUUCCUGAAGAAGGUUUAUUGCCAUCCUCUCUUACUUCUCUAUGGAUCUAUAACUGUCCAAAUCUUAAAACUUUGGACUACAAGGGUCUCUGCCACCUUUCUCUUGAGAUAUUAUUUCUUUAUUACUGUGGAAGCCUCCAAUGCUUACCGGAGGAGGGUCUUCCCAGAUCCAUUUCAACUCUUGAAAUUUUUGGUUGUCCAUUGCUCAAACAACGUUGCCAGAAACCACAAGGUGAAGAUUGGGGAAAGAUCAGUCACAUUAAAAACAUACGAGUUUGGUGAACCUCAAGCAAAUUAAAAGUCAAAAUUACACAUGCAUCAAUUCUUAAAUGUCUCCCAUUUCAUAAGGACACUAGGACCGGGAAAAUGGUGAAGGGAAUGAAGUGCAAAAGUUCUACAAUCCUUUUCGUAAAGAUUACCCUGUCAAAAAAAGGGUGGUAAUGGUGGUUCCAUCUUCUUUGAGCUUGAUGUUAAAUUUGUAUAGUCGAUGGCACUCUUCAAUCUAUAGGACUUACAAUGAUGACAAUAAGGUUCAAAUUUAAAACUCUGUGCAUAUUUAAAUUUUCACUACUAGGUCGACUAUAAUGAUUUUUUUGUUGGUGAUAGAUUCAACAUUGGUAUGAGUUUUGUUCAUAUUCUUAAAGGUAAAUGAAGCACUACAUUAUCUUUUAUUUUUUUA